AUGACUUCACACCCUCAAGCGGAAAGCACAGCCGCGAUCGCGAGGGACGAUGAAGCUGGAGCGAAUAUACAACCCUUAACAAUGGGAGGUGCCCUCUUCAGAGACCACGAGGAAGAACGCUCUCACAUUCCCACAGGCGGCAAAAGUCCUGUCAACUACAUUGAAAAUGAUGCGGAUGAUGAAUUCGCCCCAGAAGCUAGUGGCCCCGUCAGGGUAGAGCAAAUGGUACGGGGCGGACCGGUCAAGCUUGCUGGUAGAAUCGGGGCAACUCAAGGGAAAGUCACCUUUAUCUCGAAGCAAGGCGACAUUGAUCUUACGGAGUCCCAGCCCGUAUACAGUCAACAGGAAGAAGGGUACUUAGUCACAACAUUGCAUCUUGCAUAUUCAAAUCGAUUUGAGAUUGCGACAAGAGCCCGAACAGCCCGCCGUCGAGAACUAGAAGUUCUCGCGCCAUUUCUAGCGGACGAGCUGCUUUCAGAGCUGCAGAUUUUACGCGAAGACGUUUCGUCGGUCUCCACUGCAUCCGUCUCUGGAACCAAGCCAGAUCCCGGCCCACGAAAUCCGCAAGGCUCUUGUGGUGAGGAAUGUUGGUUGAGAACAGACGUUCCCGAAAGCGAGCCUAUUGUCGGUGGUAGUUACAGGAUACCCAUCUCUGCGGAUCCGUUCUUCAGAUAUUCCGCUAUCGUACCGGGUCAAACGCGCAUUCUCUGCCUUCAACCUGGAUCAGCAGACCACCCAGUCACUAUCAACAUCAUUCCAAUGAAUUCGAACGAUGUCGGACCGUAUGCUGCUUUGUCGUACACCUGGGGCUCACCAACACAAUCAAAGCGCAUCAUUGUGAUAAACAAAAAGCUCCAUACAGUGUCCGAAAAUCUGUACAAUGCAUUGCUAUAUCUACGUCUCAGUGACAGGCCCAGGUGGCUCUGGGUCGACGCCAUAUGCAUCAAUCAAGAGGACAUGGCAGAAAAAUCCUUCCAAAUUCCUAUGAUGACGAGCAUCUACCGCAACGCUCAGAAGGUGGUCAUCUGGCUUGGAGAGCACAAGGACAAUAGUGCUCUCGCCAUAGCAGGAAUGAAGCUGCUUGACCGGGAAGAGACUCGCAAGAAAAUAAUGGAACCAGCGCACGACGAGGAGUGUCUAAGGCAACUCAAUAAGCUGUACGAAGCCUUGCUCGCCAUCUACCAGCGUCCGUUCUUUGGCCGCGCAUGGAUCCGUCAAGAAAUUGCCGUAGCCAAACGAGUGGAAGUCCAGUGCGGGCAGGAUACCGUAUCGUGGCUCGGGCUGAAGAGGACGGCCCGAAGAUUGCAUUCCCUGAGAAACAUAAUCAAAAGCGAGAGCGCGAUCGAUCCACUUGAUUUCAAAUCUGAUGACUUGGGCAACCUCAAGUUCCUGUCCCGAGGAUGGCGCUAUGGACAAUCAGCCUUGGGAUUUAUGGCCGAAGCCCAGAGUGUCUAUUACUAUCAUGGUGGCGGAUUGCUCGAAUUGCUCAUGAUUUCUAGGCACUUUGAGGCCACCGAUCCGCGCGACAAAGUUUAUAGCGUUCUGGGUCUUGGGAGAGAACCUUUGCAAGCACAAAAUGCAUCUUUAGAGCCAGUCCGACCACUAGCUGCCAAAGAUUCCUCAGGAUUAUACGCAGCGUUAUAUCACCAUAUGGUGAGGUGCUUCACUUACAUGCGGGAUAAAGUACAUAGCACCCUGGGUCUUACGAGCGAACCAGUCUCGGAGGACACAGCUGCCCUGACGGAAAUCUUGGCUCCACCACCCAAAUUUAUCGUGGACUACUCCCAAUCUGUCUCUCAGGUAUAUCAGCAUGUGGCAAAAUACUUCAUCAAUCGUGAUCGCAAUCUCGACAUCCUCUGCAUACUAAGCACACAUCGAGGACCCGAAUCCUCCGACCUUCCAUCAUGGACACCAGAUUGGCGAGUCACAACUUCUCAUAUCGGACUCACCGAGUGUUGGGACUACAUCGGGAUGAAGCACUCUUCUGCCAAUUCUGCUCUAGCGGAGCUCCAAGAUCAAGACGGCGCUGGACGAUUGAUCGUGCGCGCAUAUCUUGUCGAACAGAUUAAAAUCCUUCUAGAGGUGACAGGCGACGUGUGCAAUACCAUAAAUAUGGCCAUGUUCGGACCAGACGAGACGGCCAAACAUGAAGCGGAGACAGAGCCCUUCAAUUCAGGAAAACACGUUCGAAGGUUCUGCAAAACGCAAUCCCGGUUGCAGUUCUUAGUCCCUGCAGGCGCUGAGGAAGGCGAUGUCAUUGUCCUCCUUUACGGUUCUCGUUUACCCUUCGUGAUUCGGCCUCUAGUAUGGGACUCGUAUUUGACUGUAGAAGACGUCACGUUCUGCAAGCCAGGCGCCGAAUUCGAGUUGAUAGGGCCUUGUUUCCACCCGAUCCUUAUGAACGGGCAUGCUUUUAUGAGGUUUCAAAAGAACUAUUCGUUGCCUGAAAAGAUAUUUCUUAUCUAA